UCAAGCACGCACAUAUUAAAUUAUCGAUGAACACUUAUGAUCGUUACUGUGAUUCAUUACAUCAUUGGAAUCACCCUUCCCAUAAAUUUCUUCUCAGGAUCUGACGACAUUUCCAUCUGCCAUACCAGCUGAUACCACAGAACUUUUCCUGGAUUCGAAUGCCAUAGAUGAGAUACCUAUCGAUCAAAUUAGCAGGCUCAGUAAUUUGAUCAAACUGGACAUGUCCCACAAUCGUGUAGAAUCUAUAGAGGACGGUACAUUUGCAAAUCUAACCAAGCUGUCUACACUGAUUCUUUCCUACAACAAGCUAAGGUGUCUGCAACCACGUGCCUUCAUAGGGCUUCACUCGCUGAGAAUUUUAUCUCUUCAUGGAAAUGAUAUUUCACUUCUUCCAGAGACUGCAUUUGAGAGUUUGAAUAAUAUCACUCAUAUAGCAGUGGGCAGUAACUCUUUGUACUGUGACUGUAGAAUGGAAUGGUUCUCCAGAUGGAUCAAAUCUAAAUUUGUUGAAGCUGGUAUAGCUCGAUGUGUAGCCCCUCAAAGUGUUGCCAAUCAGCUCCUGCUCACAGCUCGAUCUCAUCAAUUUCAAUGUGGAGGUACAGUACCAGCAUCGGUAUCUGCUAAAUGCGAUGCUUGUGUGACUCAACCAUGUAAAAAUGGUGCCAGAUGCGAAACUACAAGUGGACGAGAUUACCGCUGCCAUUGUGCUGCUGGUUAUCAUGGAAAAAAUUGCGAGAAUGAGAUCGACGCUUGCUAUGGACAUCCAUGUCUGAACAAUGCACUUUGCAAGGUUAUACAAGAAGGUCGCUUUACCUGCGUUUGCCCUAAGGGCUUCAAGGGCGAUUACUGCGAAGUGAACAUUGAUGAUUGUGAGAGAAAUAAAUGCCAAAAUGGAGCAAGAUGCAUAGACAUGAUCAACUCCUACCGUUGUGAAUGCGGGCCCAUGUUUGGGGGCAAAUACUGUGAAGAGAAGCUGGAAUACUGUAGCAAAAGGCUGAAUCCAUGCGAGAAUGGAGCAAAAUGCCACCGAGUUGGGACUGAUUAUAGAUGCGAAUGCUUGCCAGGUUUUGUUGAUCGUAAUUGUUCCACAAAUGUUGACGAUUGCGAUGGUCAUCGAUGCAAAAACGGUGGAAUCUGUGUGGUAAGGUUUAUCACAAUGGAAUCUCAAAGAAUUUCAACCAUCCAGGAGUAG